AUGAAAAGGCCAAUAAAUAUUCUUACAUUCACUCAGAAAGAAGAACCAUUGAGUUUAACUGAAAUCAAGCCUAUCUCUUUAAUAGCCAAAGAGCUUUCUCUUCCAGAACCCCUCACAGAAAUCGAUCGUAAUUACUAUUUCAGAAGCCGAUUCACAAGCCCUCUCAUUUGAAGAGCGGAAAAAAUAUACAGAGUCAGCGAUGGUUUGACUCAGAACUCUUUUUUUAAAGCGAAAACAUCUUAAAGACCAUCCUUCAUAUGUAUUUGAUAUUCAGAUGCUUGACCAAACAAAUCAGUUCGCUAAUAUCCUUUGCGAUUGAAUUAUUUACAGUCUAAAAAGUGACAAACGGACACAAGCGUUUAGUUUAAUAGGAGUCCUUGAUAAACUAAUUGAUAUACUCAAAAUAUGGUGUGAUCUGAUUUUUCUGUUCUAAUAAGGAAACAAGAGCCUGGGACGUGUAGAAUAGAGCUCCUGCUAUUAGAGAAAGGAAUUUAUUGAAUUAGCCACCACUACUAGGUGGUGGAGGCUUAGACCUUUAGAGUGCCUAGCGGGCUAUACUGGCAUGCUCGAGAGCCGGAAGGAAGCCAUCUAAGGGAUUCAAACAUCAAGAGGAAGCCUCAAAUUUUGAUUAAAUUUUGAGUGGGUUAGUGAGCAGAUUAGCCCCAGAGCGUGACAUCGGCGCAAAUCCGAAAGAAGUGACGUGGAAUAGACACGUGAAACUUAAGAUUAACUGAAUUAAUAAAUUAAUUGACCCCAAAUCCAAGCUAAAAUUCAAAGACCGUAGCACAUUACGAGGUUGUCUUCAAAUUUAGUAAGAAAUAUCCAGCACUGGUGCUUAUUACCUAAAGGAAAAGAAAAAUGACCAAGCUAUUGAAGCUUGUGAAAAAGCUAUUGCUUUGACAGAAAAAAAUAACGCUUUUCAAGAAUUAGUCUUAGCCCUUUCAAUUUGCGGUUAUGCAAUUUGUAUGUCCGAAGAUCAUAAAAGGGCAUUGGACCUUCAUCAAAGAGCUUUAGACCUUUUGUCAAAUAAAUGCAGAUUCGAAAAUGAUAAGGUGAAUAUUUAUAUUACUGUAUGCUUAUAUAACACUGCAAUAGAAUGCGUGCACAUGAAUAUGAGAGAAGAAGCCCAAAGCUAUAUCAUGCAAGCAUAUAACAUUGCACAAGUUAAUUUAAAAGCACUUCCUUUGGUCCAUACAAAAGUUUUGUGGCUUUAUAAAGAGCUGAAAGACCAAUCACCACAAAGGCCAGACGCUUUGCCUAAAAUUGAAAAGCAAAAUGCCUUAAUUAGCUCUUCAGAUAGCGGAAAAAUGCAAAAAAGUACAAAAGAUCCAAUUAAAAUUUCUCCGUCUAAAGCAUUACCUCCACAUCCAUUAUUUAAAAUGCUUCACUCUAGUGCGCAAGAGAAUAAAAAUCAAAGGCCAGGGACUUCUAGUGGCCCAGGCGAAAAAAGAAUUGGAAGAGACCUAUUAAUUUCUAACGACAAAAAGCCAAGACCUGUAAGUGCAAAUAAGCAAGAUUUAAUUGAUUUAGAAAAGACUAAUGCAAUUAGCAAUGAUAAGCCUGCAUUAUCACUGAAAGAGAAAAUUAGAAUUAGAUCAAAAAAAGAAAAAUCAAGAACCAGGAUUGAGCCAGCAAAGAAAAAUGUGGUAGAAAACAUUGGGACAAUAAAAGUUAGAAAUAACGCUGCAAAAAAGAUUCAAAAAAAAUGGAGACUACAUUUCAGUGAAAAAAUUCUAAAAAUAAUAAAAAUCCAAAACUGAUAUAGAAGAUAUAAAAAUCAACAGAAAUUAGCAAGGCUUAAAAGAAGCAUUAUUUUAAUCCAAUCUAUAAUUAGGAGAAAAGAAGUAUUUCUGAAAGUUAGAGGUAUAAAAAGCCUGAAUAAAAAUAUUUUAUCAAUUCAAAAAUCAUACAGAGGACAUAAAGACUAUUUGAAAUUCAAAAUGCUUAAGAAUAGCAUAAUGAUUAUUCAGGCUGUAUUUAAAAGAAAGGAUGCAUUUAUGAGUGUGCAAGAAAUGAAAAAUGAUUAUAAAGAUAAAAAUAUGAAAGUUUUGGAUAUUCAAAGAUGCUAUAGAGGAUAUAGAGACCGAGAAAAAAAGAAAAAGCUUGAAUAUGCUUUAUUAGCACUCCAAGCUUUAUAUAGAAGAAAAGAAGCAAUAUGAGCUGUCCAAGAAAUCAGAAAAGUGCGCGAUAAUGAGGAGGAGCAAAAAGUUAUAAAAAUCCAAAAGUGUUAUAGAGGCUACAAACAGCGUAAAAUAACAAAGCGCAUUGCUGACUUAAUUUUGAUACUUCAAUCCUUACUAAGAAGGAAGGAAGCCAUUCUCACUAUAAAAAAUUUAAAAAGUGAGGUUUAUAAUGGAAAUCGUGAAGUUAUACUCAAAAUACAAAAAAUUUACAAAGGCUAUAAAGAAAGAAAAAGAGUAAAAAAUCUCAAAAAUAGUAUUUUGAUUAUUCAAUCUUUAUUAAGAGCAAAAUCAGCUUACAGUGAAACUAAAGAAAUGAAGCAAAAAGUUAUCCUCACACAGAGUGUUGUAAAGGCGCUAUUAGUUAAAAAAAAAUACAAGCAUUGCCGAGAUGGGAUCAUAAAGAUCCAAAGUAGUUGGAGAAGAUUUAUUACACAGAAGCAAAUUUCUUCUAAGAAUGCUUCAAUAAGCAAAAUAAAAGCGUUCCUUCUUGGAAUUAUUAUUAGGAAACAGUUAGCUAAGAAAAAUCAGUCAGCCAUAAAAAUUCAGAGCUGAUACAAAUCCCUAAUAGUUCAAAGAAAGCUAAGCCCAUGCCAAAGAUUUCUCAAGAAAUUUAUAUUGAAACUAAUAUUGGGAAUUUGCAAAGAGCUGAAGAAAGAUGCUAAAGAAUUUUUAUGCAUUAAAAUUGGACAAAAGGAAAAAGCAGCGAUUAAAAUUCAAAGCCAAUGGAGAAAAUGCAUUUGAAAGGCAAGAGCAGAAAUUAUUAAACUGUCUCAAAAUAAAGUAAAAGGAUUUUUAUUAGGAAUAAUUGCACGAAAGAGAUUAAGGAAGCAAAAAGUCGCUGCGAUAAAAAUUCAAAGCUGAAUCAAGGGAUUUCUUUAUAGGAAAAAUGCCCGAAAAGUUCAGAGGUUAAAAAGAUUACAUUAA